AUGGCUAAGCUUCGAGCCACGCGGAAAAAGCCGAUCGUGCUCUCAUCCGAUUCUGAAGCAGAUGAUUCACACACACCGCCUCCCACGCGUUCCAAGAGGGGCACACUAACAAGCGUACCGACUGGGGCACAUGGAGAAAAGAAGGCUACCCGAUCGCAGACACGUGCAGCAUCUCCCACGCGAUCGAAAGCAAUUACUACUAAGAAGUCUCCAGCAAAACCGCCAACCAAAGCGAAGCCUGUCCUUAAGCCUAUCACUUCUUUCUUCGCCAGUGUUCCGCGCUCGCAGUCGCUACAGCCUACGCCGAGCCUCGAGAAACCUACCGCAUCAAUUGAAGAUGUAGACGAUAUAUUCGAUUCCUCGGACGAUGCGCAAUCGAUUAAACCUUCGAAACCUCUCCCCGUCCGCAAGAGACCGAUCGCUGCGACAGCGCCAAUAGACCAUGGUAAUACUAUGAAUAAUAGGCAGAAGUUCCUACGAACAGCAAGCGGAGCCCGUAGUGUCACUCCGCUAUCGUCUCAGCCGGCACGGCAGGACACAGAAGACCGGCGACCAUGGACUGAAAAGUACGGCCCAGCGUCACUUGAUGAGCUCGCUGUGCAUAAGCGAAAAGUAACAGAUGUGAGGACAUGGCUCACAGAUGUCUUUAGUGGCAAAGCACGCAAGAGAUUGCUGCUUCUCAAAGGCCCUGCUGGCAGUGGAAAGACUACCACCAUGUCCUUGCUCUCGAAAGAACUGGGGAUCGACAUGCAUGAGUGGAAGAAUCCUAUAGGUUCCAUGUCGACUUCCGACAAUUUCGUGUCUGCUACUGCGCAGUUCGAGGAUUUCGUUGGGAGAACUGGAACCUUUGGUAGUCUGGCCUUCGAUGAGCCGACAAUGAGUGGCCAGACUGCUUCGCCCAGCAGUCAGACUGAAAGGCAGAAGCAACUGGUCCUAGUAGAGGAAUUUCCGAAUACAUUUACACGUACUUCUUCGGCCGUUCAAUCUUUUCGCUCUUCCAUCCUCAACUUUCUUGCUGCCAAUACGCAAUCAGCUACUGCAUUCUUCUCGACCCAGGUCGAUCCCGAGCAGCCAGUGACUCCAAUCGUAAUGAUCAUCUCCGAGACUCUGCUGUCUACCAACACAGCAGCAGCUGACAGCUUCACUGCGCAUCGGCUGUUAGGUCCUGAGAUCCUGACCCACCCCGGAGUGUCUGUCUUCGAGUUCAAUCCAAUCGCACCCACAUAUAUGACGAAAGCGUUAGAGACAAUCGUUAUCAAGGAGGCACGGAAAUCCGGGCGUAAGAAGACUUUGGGACCACAGGCCAUUCAGCGUCUUGCGGAGCUUGGAGACAUCCGAAGCGCAGUUUCAUCACUCGAGUUCUUAUGCUUACGUGGCGAUGAUGCAGAAGGCUGGGGCGCGAAAGUCAACUUCUCGAAGAAGAAGGGGCCGAGAGAUGUCCCGAUGACCAAGAUUGAGCAGGAAUCGCUUGAAAUGGUGACACAGCGAGAAAGCACUCUUGGUAUCUUCCAUUCGGUCGGGAGAGUUGUUUACAACAAACGUCUAGCAGAGGACUCUAACACACCUGUUGCACAUCCACCGAACUGGUUCCCCGAAAGGCGAAGACCAAAAGCUUCGGAGGUCAAUGUCGACACGCUCAUCGAUGAGCUGGGUACUGAUACCCAAACCUUUGUCGCUGCUCUACACGAGAACUACGUCCUGUCUUGCGGAGGCGCAGACAGUGAAGAAACAAUGGACUCUAUUGAGGGAUGUAUAGAAGCUCUUUCUGAUGCUGAUCUUUUGUCGCCGGACCGUUUUGGUGCAGGCGCUGGCCGACGGAAUCUUCAAGGAACGAGUGCGGACAAUCUGCGGCAAGACGAGAUGUGCUUUCAAACGAGCGUGCGCGGGCUGCUGUACAACCUGCCAUAUCCUGUCAAACGAAUAGCGCCACCCCCAGGCAUAAUGGGUAUCAAGGCUAAAGGCCAAGGAGCAGGUGGUGGAGCUGCCAAAGGCAAUGCGUUUGUCAUGUACUAUCCGGCGUCGCUGCGGAUAUGGAAACAACAGGAAGAGAUUGAAGAUCUAUUGGAAAUGUGGGUAUCAAAGGCACAACGCGGUGAACUCUUCUCGACCGGGCCGGGUGCACCAAAAGCGGCUAUCUCGGGCGGAGGUGUCGAGACAUGGAAAGGCAACGCCUCGUUUUCGCAACCGACAUCAGCCCCGGGCUCAAAACAUGCAGAAGAAGAUGCACCAACUUCAAUUCUCUUGGGAAGUGGCGGCUCGGCUCGGAACGAAAUGCUCCUCGAACGCCUCCCCUACAUGACUACCAUUCUACGGAAGUCGCGCAUGCCUUCCCCGUCCACAGCAGCCACCGUGCGCGAAAUUCGGAAGAUCACAUCAUUCACCGGAAACGCUCUAUCCGGCGCCACUGAGGAAGAUGACUUAGAGGACGAUGUUCGUCCAGGCGAGCAAGAGCAAUGGUCUACAGAUAAACCAACUCUCGACACUCCGAAAAAGAGAGGGCGCGUGAAGUUUGAGAGUAAAGAACAAGAACCGGAAUCGGCAAUUUCUGGACUGGCAGAUAAGGGUGCUAGUCUUAUGCUGAGCGAUGAUGAUAUCGAAGAUUGA